AGUCCUCCUCUUCUGUUUCAUUCGCCUGGUUCGAUUCGACUCUCAACAACAACCAGCACAACUCUGAACACGGAAAUGUGCUGGAACGUAUAUCAUCUUGAUUGUCUGGAUUAGUCGCUGGAGUGCCAAAAAUAAGAUAAAAACCAGCGAACAAAAAGGGAGGGGAAAAAAAAAAAUCUACCAAAGUGGAAGAGUUACAGCUUUAACGUCAAACUUCCCAUGCCCUUUUCCAUUACAGGAUUUUAAGCAAAGUGUUCUGUGCGUCUGGAUUAUGGAUUAUGAAGAGCGGUCAAGAUUGUACUGAUCGCCUUGAAUAACUGCGUGAUUAUAUUCACUUCCAUGCACCUUCGCUAAAUUCAUCUCAUCUACUCAAGCGCUCACACCUUUGUUUCUCCGUACUGCUGCAAGAUGUUAUCCAGGCUGAGUGAGUGGUUCUGGAAUGAGAGACUGUGGUUUCCAGAAGGUCUGGGUUGGGCCGACCUGGAGGAUCGCGAUGGUCUCACCUACGCCAAAGUAUCCGACCUCUGGAUGGCCCUGCCCAUCGCCCUCGUCUUCCUCAUUGUACGACAGAUCUUUGAAAGGACAGUGGCCAUUCGACUGGCCACAGCUUUGGGUGUAAAGGAGAAAAUCAGAGUGCGAGCAGAGCACAACCCCACUUUGGAGUCAUACUUCAGCUCCACAGCUAAAUCUCCCACACAGAGUGAAAUCACGAGUUUAGGUAAAAAGACGGGCCACUCCGAGAGACAAAUCCACAGAUGGUUCCGGAGACGGAGAAAUGAGGAGCGACCCAACCAGCUCAAGAAGUUCAGAGAGGCCAGUUGGAGAUUUACCUUUUACCUUCUUGCUUUCAUUGCUGGCCUUGCUGCACUUAUUGAUAAACCCUGGCUCUACAAAAUGGAGGAGAUGUGGACUGGGUUUCCAAUGAUGACUCUGCUGCCUUCUCAGUACUGGUAUUACAUGAUUGAACUAGGAUUUUACAUUGCGCUUCUCUUCAGUGUCGCUUCAGAUGUCAAGCGAAAAGACUUUAAAGAGCAAGUCCUUCACCAUGUUGCCACCAUCCUGCUGAUUAGUUUCUCGUGGUGUGUGAACUACAUCAGAGCAGGAACACUCAUUAUGCUGGUGCACGACGCCUCCGACUAUCUGCUUGAGUCUGCCAAGAUGUUUAACUAUGCUGGCUGGAGAAAGACGUGCAACUACAUAUUCAUCAUCUUUGCUGUCAUCUUCAUCAUCACCAGACUCAUAAUCCUCCCAUUUUGGAUCUUGCAUUGUACCUGGGUGUAUCCAGUGACUGUAUAUCCUCCAUUCUUUGGCUAUUACUUCUUCAACGGGCUGCUGUUUGUGCUGCUGUGUCUGCACAUCUUCUGGGCUGUACUCAUCCUGCAUAUGGCCAUCAAAUUCCUGCCAGGCAAUAAUAUUGUAGAGGAUGAGAGGAGUGACCGAGAAGAAACCGAUUCGGAGGGCGAGGAGGAAGAGGCGGGUGAGAAAGACAGGAGAGCACCGGUGAAAAAUGGGCCAGUGCAGAACGGUCACUUGCCCCUAAACAACAACCAUCACCGCAAGACUGAGUGAUGGUGAACAAGAUGAGAGAGGAGGUACAACACUCCUCUUCACAUGUACACAUGGACAAGACCAACAUAAUAAAGAGAGGGCUGAUAGAUGGAUCGACAAAAGGCCCAGAACACAGACUUCCUUAAAAAACAGGGAAGGAAAAAAAUAUUACCCUGCUCACAAAAUUUCCAAAACACUAUUAACAGACAUCAUGUUAGCAUAUAAAACAAAUUCUAUGCCAAAAUGUAAAAAAAAAACUCUUCAGAAGAAUUAGGAUUUCUAUUAGUAGUAAAUCCAACAUUCAUUUGCUUUACUGGAAAUAUUUUCUCCAGUGUAUUUUGUGUUUAGUGCCUUAUUACAAUUCCUACUUCUGUCACACUGAGUGUCUUACAUUUUAUUUUCUGUUUGUCUUACUGGGCAUCACACACUACUAAAAUCUCUUUUGUUGUCAGGUAGGCAUUUUUGCACAUUUUUGCUGGUCAACAGAUUUUCAACGUUCAGUGCUUGACACCAUAUUGAAUUUCAUAUUCAUGAAACGAACUGGAAUUUUUUGAGUUUAGUUUGUAGGUCGCUUUCAUUUAGAAUCACAGUCUUACCAAUUGACUUUUUACUCACCUGCAUUGUGCGCACACGUGACCUUCGUUAUAAGCAAUUGUGGAUACUGCCAAGGGCCUCUGUCACUCCUCUUUUCGCAAUACAGUCGCACUAUUAAACUUUAUUGACCCGUUACUGCUACACUACCACCUUAGAUAGAUUCAAAAACUAAAAAAAUCGAAAACUAGAUUGCACGGUUCAGUUUAGACGAACCAUGAUAUUCGGUCCCAGCGGCGCUUAAUCAACGUGUUGCCUUUUGCAUGUAACGUUUGUCCAGUGUCUUCACUGUAUUGUCUGUUAAGCAGCAACAAAAAGUGUUUCCUGUUCAUUUCUUCAUGUAUUCUUGAAUAUAGAAGUUAGACCUAGAGACAAGUUUUUCUUUUUUUAAAUAUUCGUAAAGCCUCUAUUUGUUCCUUUUAUUUUAUUGAUUGUUUUUUCUCCAUGUUUUUCCUUUUAAAUUGUUUUUUUAUUUAAGGUCAAGAUUUUUUCAACAAGACUGAUAAGUUGAUUAUUAUGGUGCCUUGAUCCCGUAACACAAUAAAUAAAUAUAAAAGAUCAUUCUGACUAUAUAUAUCUCGCAAUUCUGAGUUCAUUUCUCACAAUUGUGUGAUAUAAACUCACAAUUGUGAGAAAUAAAGUCACAAUUGCAAGGUUUUAUAGACUUCAUCAUUGUAACGUGUUCUAUGUAACGAGGAAGCGGGAGAUGGCGUUUCCAACUCAGGACUGUCCUGUGGCAUUUAUUGAUGCUCCAAAAUAAAACGUGUUCGCUAAAGUAUAACGGAGAAGCUUCAAUUUAACUCAAAUAAUAGACUGCAGCGGCCAACACACAAACAGCAUCAGAUGUCUGUCUCACUCUCUCUCCACACUCUGAGGUCUGGCCACUUUUAUUUCCCCCAUCUCUCACUGCGGACACAGAAACAAGUAAUUCCCAGCAACUCAUCACUGGUGAGAACCCUUGCCGCUUACUCUCUUUUCAGAUGAACGCUCAACCACGCCCUCGCCUCCACAAUUAGAUCUCAUAAUUUUGAGUUUAUAUAAGGCAGUUGCAACAUAUCUUGCUGUUGCCACUUUAUUUCUCGUUAUUAUGAGAUAUAAACUCGUCAUUUAGUUUAUCGCGGAUUUGAGACUUUUUUGCAAUAGCGAGAAAUUUAUUUUGAAAUUGUAAGAUACAAAGUCGCAAUUAUGAGUUAAAAUCUCAAAACGCAUAUAAAAAACGUCCAAGUUUAAAUUUUGCAAGUGCAACUUUAUUUCUCGUUAUUACUAUAUAUAAACUUGCAUUACUUUGCGAGAUAAACUAAAUCGCAAGAAAUAGUUGAAAUUGCAAGAUACAAAGACGCAAUUGCGAGUUUAAAUCUCAAAACGUACAUUAAAAACAUACACGUUUACAUUUCACGAUUGCAACUUUAUUUCUCGCAGUUCUGAAUAUCUACAAUAUAUACAAAUUUGCAAUUUUGUUUAUUGUGCAAUUGAUCAUUUAUAUCACUAUUGCAAGUAGUUGAAAUAGUUGUAGAUUUAUUUUAUUAUAUUUCAAAAUCAUGAAUUUAUAUUACGCAAUUGCAGUUUUGACUUGCUCGCAAUUGUUAUAAACUGUUAUAAUUGUGAGAUAUAAAGUCAUAAUUACCUCUUUUAUUUAUUUAUUUUUUAUUCCAUGGUGGGAUCCGGCUUCCAUACAUAAUUUAUGCAGUAAAAGAUGGACAUUUUUGAAACAAAGUACUUGGCAGGAGAACUUUAAGCCAAUGUUUUUGUCUCUUCCAGUUUUAUGAUGAAUGAUUACAUUUUAAUAAUCAGUAAUUAGAACUGGAUGCACUUUUUAUGUGGUGUUGAUAUAAAGACUGUAAAAUGCAUUAUUAUAAUUAUUCUGUUAUUGGCAAACUGUUUGACAUAACUGAAUCUUGGUUUGCAGUUCAGCGUUUAUGGGAAGUAGAUUCCAUUGUUUUCAAAAACAAAAAACUCUAUUUUGGAAUUUGCCCAAUAUGUACUGUAGAUAUGUACUGUUUGCUCAUUAUCUACUAUAUUACAUGAGAUCAUGUCUAACCUAAAGUGCCCAAGGUAUAGUGUACCCACUGAAAAAUAAUUGACUCAACCUCACGUUUUUUCAAACCCAUAUGACUUUCUUUGGAGUUUAUAACAACAUGAGGGUGAGUAAAUGAUAACAGAAUUUGUUUUUGUCUUUGGGUGAACUAUCCCUUUAAAUGACAGGUUUACAAAUGGUGGGCCAGUAUUUUUAUUUAAUGUCAUUGUCAAUACAGGUGCUUAUUAUGUAGAAAUUCAUUUUUGCAAGUGGAACGGGACAUCUGGAUUGGCUUUACAAAGUUAUUUUACGUUUCCAAAUAUUUUCGCAAGUGCCUUAUUUGUAAAUGUAUAUUUGUGUUGCUUGACUGUGCUUUCCUCCCCUCAUCAUUUCUCCACUUAAAGAUUUGAAUCUUUUCAGACUUUUUUCACCCUUCUCUCAGUUUCUUUAUCUCUCCUCUGUUUACAUCCACACAAUCAUAUUCAUCCAUUCUUACGGCCCAGUGCCAAGACCAAUCCCCCCCAUUGUGUCCUGUCAAAUGUGGGUCCACCACACAAACAUUAAACAAAUUGAUCAGUGUCCCAACUGUCAGUGUUUUUAUGUUGUAUUUUGUAUUGUCAUUAUUCAAAGAUGUAAGAUAAAGAUUCUUGUGUGUGACAGACUUCUUUGGUUUGGUGUGCUUGUUUUUGAAAUAAUUUUUCACACUAGAAUAUCGUCCAUACUAUCUUUUACAUUAUUUGUGUUUAUGAUGAUGAUGUAGAUUUCACAAAAUAUAAAAUACUGCUGUAUGUGUUUUUCAAACAUGGUUCAGAGUCUAAAAUGAUUUUAAGUUGAUUAGCAGUAUCACAUAGAUGAUUCCAAAUCAGAUAUAGGGUAUGGGGCCGUUCACACAGAGCGUGUUAUUUCUAAAAACCAAAAACGUCAGCGUUCAGAAUGGCAUGCUACAGUACUACUACGUUUCCAAUAUGUAGUUAUGGAAGAAGUAGUACGAGUAGUAUGUCAUUCCAAACUCCCCUACAAAACACUGCUGUCUCGAGACACGCUCUUAAAAGUUGACCUUUUUUUUAACCUGAUACAAUGUCUUAAAAAAAUGGCAGUUCUGCAUAUGAUGCUGAAAAAGCAACGAGACAUGCUGCAAUGGUCAAAGACGUCUGUCUACCACAUGUUUACUUUAAAGAAAAAAAAACAAGUGAAACAUAGCACAAAUGGAUGCAAAGUGCAUGCAGUGUCAACGGCCCCUCGGAUGUUAUACGAUCAGAUCAGGGGUGGUACUACGAUGUAGAUCUUUGGGAGGGGCACAAUUCCCCCUAUGACCUGGCCAUGGAUCAGAUCGUCACAUUAGUCUUAAGUCUUAUUUAAAUUGAAUGGUAUUAACUACAUUUGCAUCUGUUUAGAAUCACAGCGUUAAUUUAGACAGACUGCUAGUAUGUUAUCUCAAUUAGCUUUUAUAAGACUAACUGCAGUUAAAUGUUUGCUUCCUGAAGUGUUAUGUUUCACUUAUUUCAUUAAAAAUACACAAAGGCUAUUUUUAGAAACCAAAAAAGCAUGGUUUAAAACAAGUAGCAACCAUUUACUUGAAAUAAAUGCUUUAAAUGUUAAUGCUAUGUACAAUUUGCUGAUGUUAAUAUUGUUCACAGCCAGCACCAUGCUCUAAUGGCUCCAUGUAUUAAUAUCUUGAGUACCGAAAUAUUGUCUUAUGCUACUCACAGAAGUCGUUGGCACCAAAUUUCAUCAUAAUGCCUCUUUUUGUUGCUUUUGGAAGAAAGCAUCAUGCUGAUUAAAUAAAUGUCAAAUGUGAAAUUUAAAC